AUGGGUAGUAACGAUAAUAAUGCUGAAGUUGCGUCCGGCGGCUGCCCUUUUCGGUUGGCGCAUUUUGAACAUUUCGCAUCGGCCAUGAUCCAACGGACCCUGGAAUGGGGCGAAAAGAAGGAUCGAAAUGAAAUCACUCAAACCGCCUGGACAAAAAUUGUUCUGUUUGUAACCGAACAAAUCCGCGAAGGCUAUCAAGAAGCGAUCCGUGAAGAGAGGCGAGCACGGCAUCAGCAGCAGCGCCAGAUUGAAAUUUACGUUUUUUUUUUUUGCAAAAUUCGCGUUGAAUUUGCUGAAGAAAUGAAUCCGGUGCUGCGUAAUGUGCGCAUUCAGUGGACUACCUUUUUUGGCUAA